CUGCUGUACGCAAUGAGCGUAUCCUCCGCCAGAGCCGCCGGGGGAGUCACGUGACGCCAAGAGCGUUAACCAGCUAUUCACUAAGGCUAAGUUUACGCUGUUCUCGUAGAUGUGGCCUAGUUCGCGUACGGGAGGGAGAAGAGGGCUCCGGUGUCGGGGACUUUCUGCUGGACUUGUCCUUCUACACAGUGGCCAAUCUGAAUAAGCAGAGCUGCAGUAUAAAGCAUGGCGGAGGGACAGGGCAGCAGUUUAGGAUGGAAUAUGAUGCAGAUAAACUGGAGUGACUGGUCAUAUUGCUUGGUAAUGGAGAAGAGCUGCAGGUGAGCGGACGGCGCGGACAUUAUGCAGGACACAUCAGACGGGAGCAGCGGCAGCACCGUCCUGCUGGGGCGCUCACUGAGUGAACCUGCACGAUUCUCCUACGCAGGUCUGUGCGCCAUGUCCCUGGCUCAGCUCUUCCCAGAGAAAGAACAGAGGGAGUUCUGCCGGAGAUUUGUGGAGGAUCUGGUGCAGUGGUUGGAUCUCUGCUCUUCUGUUAUUCCGGCCAUGGAGGCGUUCGCCAGCGGUCUGGGGGGAGAAGGAACAGACACGUUCACUCGUCUUCUCCUGGAGGAUUCUGUUAUGAAGGCGAAUCCAACCAUAAUCACUCAGGAUCUGGUUUCUUUCUGCCUGCGAGAUGGAUACUACGACGCCCGGGGCCGAGUACUGAUCUCCCACAUCUCCUGGCUGCUGCGCGUCCCCCCCGAAACCAUGGAGCUGAGUGAGGAGUCCAUGAUGCAGAGUCUGAAGAAGUAUACGGAGGAGCCAUCAGAGUCCGUGCAGGAGUCGCGCAGGAAGAAGGAAAGUCAUAAGAAGCUGAAGCGGUAUCUGCUCAUAGGCCUGGCCACCCUGGGCGGAGGGACGGUCAUAGGUCUGACCGGAGGACUGGCCGCUCCUCUUGUCGCUGCAGGAGCCGCUACGAUCAUUGGCAGCGCUGGAGCUGCUGCUCUGGGGUCCACGGCGGGCAUCGCCAUCAUGGCGUCUCUCUUUGGAGCGGCAGGAGCCGGAUUGACAGGUUAUAAGAUGAAGAAACGUGUUGGCGCCAUAGAGGAGUUUGAGUUCGUGCCGCUGACCGGCGGGCGUCAGCUCCAUAUAUGUAUCGCCAUCACCGGGUGGCUUUCCACAGGAAAAUAUGGGAGCUUCACCGCCCCAUGGCAGAGCCUGCUGCACUCCACCGAACAGUACUGCCUGGCCUGGGAGUCCAAAUACCUCAUGGAGCUGGGGAACGCGCUGGAUACCCUACUGAACGGCCUGGUGAACAUCAUGGCGCAGGAAGCCCUGAAAUACACCAUCUUGUCAGGUAUAGUGGCCGCCCUGACGUGGCCGGCCUCCCUCCUCACCGUGGCCAGUGUCAUUGAUAACCCCUGGGGUGUUUGUCUCAGCCGAUCUGCAGAAGUCGGGAAGCAUCUGGCGCACUUAUUGCUCAGAAGGCAGCAGGGGCGACGGCCGGUCACUCUCAUCGGCUUCAGUCUGGGCGCCCGGGUCAUAUACUUCUGUCUACAGGAGCUGGCGCAGGAGGCGGGUUCUGAGGGGAUCAUCGAGGACGUGGUGAUGCUGGGGGCCCCCGUAGAAGGUGACGUGAAGAAGUGGAAGCCGCUUACACGGGUUGUAGCCGGCCGGAUCAUCAAUGGCUACUGCAGAGGGGACUGGCUGCUCAGCUUUGUGUAUCGCAGCUCUUCGGUGAAGCUCAACGUGGCCGGACUACAGCCUGUGGGCCUGGAUGACCGCAGGAUGGUGAAUGUGGACCUGUCAUCUGUGGUGAACGGGCACCUGGACUACAUGAAGCAGAUGGACACCAUCCUGAAGGCCGUGGGCAUCAAGACUCAGGAGUGUCGUCUGGAGGAGCAGAGCGGAAUCCUCCAACUGGGAAUCCUCGCUCCGGCGCAGAGCGGCGCGGCACCGGAACAAACACGUAGCGAGGAGGACGCUUCACCGUGGGACUGGGAGCCGGUCACCGACACAGCCCCAGACUCUGCCCGGUGCCCCCGAUGCAGCACCGCGCGGGCGGAGGGGACGCUCUGUAAGGACUGCGCCAACAACAACACCGCGGCGAAAGAUCAGGGGAGGAACGGCGAAGAAACGACCGCUGUAGGGUGACCCAGACUCAAUGGCUUAGAUACUGUGAUACCCAGAGAAUGUCUACGAGCGGGUCACCUGACACAUUGCGCCUUUUUCCGGUAAGGCAGACCGUAUCCUCCUGGAGGUGACGCUGCGGACAUGUCGACGGGAUUUAACGCCGCUGCCUAAAGAGGUCACAUGAUCUUCUGCUGCCAAUAAAAAGCGUCUUUUUUUUAAAAAAACCGCUCAUCAGUAAUACGGUGUCUGGUGUGAAGCUUUAUAUGUAUCCGGUCGUACGGUCAGCGCCCGGCGGAUUAUAGGACAGGCUUAGGCCCUGUGCACACUG